AAAAACUACUAAUGCAUUCUUUGCUACAUUCACUGCUGCCACUCUCUUCAACGCCAAAGGCGCCUCUACUCUUGGCGUACGAUGGACCCUUUGUUGCUAAUAGCCGAAAAACCAAAUCCCUUCAUACAAUAACUGCAAUAUCUAAAACUAAAAGCGAAACAAGAAUCGAUAACAAGGCUGAUGAGGAUGACUAUUAUGCCACUCUCAAAGCUCUCAAUUCUAAAGGUCGUUUUCCAAGAAAAUCACUUGGCCAGCAUUACAUGCUGAAUUCGUCGGUAAAUGAGGAACUAGUUGCUGCUGCUAAUGUGCAAGAAGGAGAUUUGGUGGUUGAAAUUGGGCCUGGUACAGGUUCCCUUACAAAUGUUCUUGUCAAUUCUGGUGCCACUGUCCUUGCUAUUGAAAAGGUUUUGCAAGAAGAUUUCACAAAAUGUCAUAUACGCUCCCAUUUGUCCACAGUUUCGCAAAGUGCAAGAAAUUCUUCAGGUGUGAAACCGCAAUAUGCAAAGGUAGUCUCCAAUUUACCUUUUAACAUAAGUACAGAAGUAACUAAGCAACUUCUUCCCAUGGGUGAUAUCUUCUCAGAAGUAGUUUUGUUACUCCAGGUUUGUAUUGUCAGUUUAAAUAUGCUUCCACAUUAAUUGAUCACUAAUGCCAAAAGUAGGUAGUAGGAAUUAUUUGUGGAUAUUGGCAACGGUGGUACAGUUCUCUUUUUUUUCUUUUUUUUUCUUUUUCAACCGGACAACUAAUGUUGUGCACAAAGACUGUUGGUUGUUCCCCUCCUCGAUCUGGAUUAGAAUUCACCGAUCAGAUGUACAAGAUUAUCGGCUGAAGCAAUAAGACUUAGGUCAGAAAGGUUCAUCUUGUGCUGUAAUCC